GGGGCGGUCUCCAGGCUCCCCUCCAGCUCUCGGACUCCGGGGUCCUGAAGAAAGAGGCCUUCCCUCCCGCCCCCCAGCCCUCGGUCGCCUGGGCCCGCCCCAGCACGGAGACCCCCUGUCUAGGUCCUCGGACGCCUGGGUCCGCCCAGACCGGGGAGGGGGCGGCAGCCGCGAACGCAGCUGCGACUGCGCAAAGUGCGUAGACCCACACGGAAGCCACCGCGCCAGCAGUGUAGGCGGUGUCCAGAAUACGACGGUCAUAGACACAGACGGGGUAGAGCGCCCGUCGCCACCUUAGGUGCGGGCAAGCGAAGCCCUAGACCCGCCCGGCUGCGGCCAUUAUUGUUUAGGGUUGGAAAACCACGCCCCUCCAGGCAGUCGCCUUCUUAAGUGCGGGCAAGGGGAGCCCCCGCCCAGCCAACCGGUGACGCCAAAGCGGCGGGGCUUCCCUCGUGACGUUACAUGCUGCUAUUGGUCCGCUGCGCCUCGCCCCGCCCCGCCCCGCCCUGCCCUGCCCUCUCCUUCUUCAUCCCUCCCUUAGCGCCGGGGCGACCCCGAGCUCGGGGCAGCGCGGACGGACGGAGCGAGAGACCCGGGCCCGACCAUGCCGCCCCCGUGAGUAUGUUCCGCCUCGAGGAGUUCCCGGAGGAGGACGCCUGCCCCGGGCCGGGGACCCCCGGGACCCCCGAGACCACGCGGGGGGGCGCCCCCAGCUCCCCCAGCACCGACCCCCGCACCCGCCUGCCCUCGGCACCCUCCGCAGCGGAGCCCACCGAGCCGGGGACACCCCAGUUUCGGGGGCGCUCGCGGUCGGCCCCCCCGGUGCUCUGGGCCGCGGCCCGGUUCGGCCGGGAGCUGCGCCGGAUGAGCGAUGAGUUCGACGUCGUCCUGCAGGUGCUGCCGCGGCCCCGGAGCGCCGGCACGGGCUGGAGGGAGGCCCUGCAGGGCUGGUGGGGGCGGCGGCCCCCCCAUCCCAGCCCCCCCCGCGGCCCCCCGUGACGAGAGACCCAAGUGUGGGGCAGGGGGCUGCCCCCACAUUUUGCUAUGGGGGAGGGGGGGUUUCUACCGAGCUUUGUAAUAAACAGGAUGCAUUUU